AUGGCAGAUUCCAGCGCCGCUUUCGUUCAUGAGCCGAUCGAUCAGGCUGUUCAGGAAAUCAGGCUGAUAUCCAUCAUUCCCGAAACAACAGGACUGAUCAGCUGCAACCUCCAGCAUGUGAACCUCCAGUCCAAUCCUACUCCCGAAUACCGCGCUUUGUCUUAUGUUUGGGGUCCUCCAUCGCCCGUUCAGGAGAUCCUAGUCAACGGCCGCCGCUUUCUCGUACGGCAAAGUCUUUACGAUUUUUUGAACGCUUUCAGAGAUCGUCUAUACAAGUUUCGAGGUGGUAACGGCUACGAAGACGAGGUUCAGUGGUUGUGGAUAGAUCAGGUAUGUAUCAACCAGGCAUUGACUGGAGAACGCAAUCAUCAGGUCAAGAUGAUGUCCGACAUCUAUCGAAGAGCGACCUAUGUCUACGUCUGGUUAGGCAAGUCUAAUGGUAAUACGGAAGCAGUCAUGAAAGGGUUGAAAUCUAGCUACAGACACUAUCAUGGUCCUGAACCCUUGAUCAUAAGCUCAAAAACGUCCAGCGAAAUGAGUGGGGGCGAGACUUCGAUGCAAGACAAAGAUGUGUUUUCAGCACCCGCGCUAAGGCACUUCUUCGGCAAUCCAUAUUGGCUGAGGUUAUGGAUCGUUCAGGAGAUCAUGCUAGCAAGAUACAUUCGCGUCAUAUGUGGGGAGACACUGCUUUCAUGGGACGAACUGAAACGCUUUUGCACGUCAACGCUACGAAAUGCCUAUGUGGAAGGAAACGCCUACUUCGAUGAAAAUGUCUCCUUGGAUGACUUUGUGCCGUUACAAGUCAGGUGGCUUACACAUUAUGCCUUGUCAGCCAGGCACUACAGCUAUGCAGAAUUGCUUGCGACGUUCAGUACGAGCCAGUGUGAAAACCCUCAAGAUAGGGUAUUUAGACUACAAGGCCUAAUAUCUGACGCUAAACAGGCUGAAGUCGACUACGGAAAGCCAGCGUCUCAGAUCUUUGCUGAAACCGCCAGAGCAUUCGUUGACAGUGCAAAUUCCAUGUCUCAAGCCAAGUUCAAUAGGAGUCUCGAACAUUUAGACUACAGUGGAGCGAAGGAUACCUUGUUCAGCGAUGCUACUAUUAUCCUGAUGCAAGAAACUGAGUACGAUCAACGCCUCCAUCUUGUGAACGUCUUGAUGACUCUGGGAGACAACAUGGGCAUGUCUUGCUCUGAACAACCUGAUGCGAAGGAGAUGGUAUUGGUUUUGGAAGCGAUCCGAGCGAUGUGGCAGAAAGUGGCAUGGCACUGUGAACGUAUGUCGCCUGACGACUUUAAGUUUGCCUGCAAUAUGGAGCAUGGAGCUCGCACUUCACCAGAUCCAUUUGGAAUCGACCUCAUUAAUGAAUUCUUUGGCCUCGAACAAACAAUGAAGAACCUGUAUGAUAAUCUCCGGUCUAUCGUUAGGGAGUUGGUAUCGAACAUGCUCUAUGGUACUGAGGUAAGAACGCACGCUUAA